UGUCUUCAGUCAUCCAAACCAACCUAGUGGAUUGAACCGGCUGCAUGGUCUCAAUAGAAGCUGAUAGAGUCAUCUUGUAGGGCUCUCAGAAGCUUCUGCCACCAUGCCAAAGGUCGAUCCUGACGCGAAGAUACAGUGUCCCGAUGCCGCGACGCUGCAGAUUGAGAUCGACAUCUUGGCUCAGGUUCUUGACUUGGGUGAACGUGAAGAUACAUGGGAGAAGCUUGAGAAAGGGCUCAUUCGUUUUGCCGGUGUCACGCGAGGCGGCGGGUACAAGCACUUACCACUUUUCGUCGAUGCGCUUGGCCGAGGCAGAGGAAGGACAGCAUUAGGACCACAAGUCGUGGCGUGUGUGAGUGGUGACCUACGGAAGCGACGAAUGAGGAACGCCGUGAAUUGAUGCUAUACCAAUUGCAGAUGCUAUCGGAUCGAGGUCGAUU